CAGUGAAUCUCCCACUUCCAACAACACUGUUGUCACUCCUCGCUCUCAAGACUCUCAGCUGUUAAAUUUCGCUUUCAACUAAAUUUGUGAGGUGUCAGUCCAGUGUUGCUUAUCAAUCUAUCUACUUUUUCUGUUGAAUUCCUCAGAAUAUAACUGAAUAAGCUCCUUUCUCUUCAUAAGGUUGUCAAUAGAGUAGAUGUGUUGAGGAGAAGAUGGGUUCUUGCAAGGUUCCUUACAGUGUUCUUCUGCUUUGUAUUUUCAUUGGGAGUUUGCUUGUGCCUCAAUGUCUUUCUAUUGGAGAUGACACCAACCAAACAGCAUUUCUUCUUGUAAAUGCUUCUGAAGCAUUGGGACGGCCAAUACCCGAAACACUUUUUGGAAUAUUUUUUGAGGAGAUUAACCAUGCUGGUGCUGGAGGGUUGUGGGCAGAGCUUGUGAGCAACAGAGGUUUUGAAGCUGGAGGACCUAAUAUCCCCUCAAACAUUGACCCUUGGUCUAUUAUUGGGGAUGAGUACUCAGCGCUUACACUGUCCACUGACGACUCAUCUUGUUUUGAGCGCAAUAAGGUUGCACUCCGAAUGGAGGUACUAUGUGACACAGAUGGUACCAAUAUCUGUCCUGCUGGGGGAGUUGGUAUUUAUAACCCGGGCUUCUGGGGCAUGAAUAUUGUGAAAGGAAAGAAAUACAAAGUGGUUCUGUAUGUUCGUUCAUUAGGAGCAAUUAAUGUAUCUGUCUCAUUGACGGGCCCAAAUGGCUUGGAGACACUGGCAACUCAUGACAUAAUAGCUUCUGCUUCUGAAGUCUCAAAUUGGACAAAGAUGGAGUUCCAGUUGGAAGCCAACGCCACAAAUCCUAAUUCAAGACUUCAAUUGACUACAACCAGUAAAGGAGUCAUUUGGUUUGACCAAGUGUCAGCUAUGCCCGUGGAUACAUAUAAGGAACAUGGUUUCCGAAGUGAGCUUGCUGAAAUGCUGGCAGAACUCAAACCAAAAUUUAUCAGAUUUCCAGGUGGCUGCUUUGUUGAAGGUGAAUGGUUAAAAAAUGCAUUUCAUUGGAAAGCAACCAUUGGACGCUGGCAGGAGAGACCAGGGCACUUUGGUGAUGUUUGGAUGUACUGGACAGAUGAUGGACUUGGUUACUUUGAGUUUCUCCAACUAACAGAGGACCUAGGUGCAUUGCCAGUAUGGGUGUUAAAUAAUGGUAUUAGUCAUAAUGAUCAAGUUAGUACUUCCAACAUCAGGCCUUUUGUGCAAGAAGCCCUCGAUAGUAUUGAGUUUGCUAGAGGUGAUUCUUACUCUACAUGGGGUUCUAUGCGAGCUGCAAUGGGACAUCCAAAACCUUUUGACUUGAGACAUGUUGCACUUGGGAAUGAGGAUUGCGGGAAAAAGAAUUAUCAAGGAAAUUACCUCAAGUUCCAUGAUGCCAUAAAGAAGGCUUAUCCAGACAUCAAAAUUAUCACAAAUUGUGACAAGUUUUCUCAAAAUCACCCUGCGGAUUUGUAUGAUUAUCAUGUUAAUACAUCUGCCAAGGACAUGUUUUCGAAGGCUCAUCAGUUCGAUUCUGCAUCACGUGACGGUCCAAAGGCUUUUGUAAGUGAGUAUGUUGUAACUGGGAAAGAUGCUGGCAAAGGAACUCUUUUAGCAGCACUGGCCGAGGCUGCAUUCCUUAUUGGAAUUGAAAAGAACAGUGAUGUAGUUAGCAUGGCAAGCCACGCAUCACUUUUUGUGAAUGACAAUGACAGGAGGGCGAGUCCAGAUGCAGUUGUCUUUAACUCUUCACAGCUAUAUGGAACACCAAGCUACUGGGCGCAACAGUUUUUCAGGGAGUCUAGUUCAGCAACUUUUCUUAAUUCAACACUCCCAACAAAUACAUCCACUUUCCUCAUUGCAUCUGCAAUUAUGUGGAAUAAUACGGAUGAUGGCAAGAGUUACCUAAGAAUAAAGAUUGUGAACUUUGGGAAUGACACAGUUAAUCUCAAGAUAAGUGUUGACGGAUUGGAGCCGAACUCCAUACAGUUAUCCGGGUCGAACAAGACUGAACUCACCUCUGGUAAUCUGAUGGAUGAGAAUUCCUUCAACGAGCCAGAGAAGGUCAAACCGACCCAGAGUCCACUUGAAAAUGCUGGCAAGGACAUGGAUGUCGUACUCCUUCCAUAUUCUCUCACUGCAUUUGAUCUAUUGAAAGGAUCUAGCAACAUCAAAACCGCAAGAACUGAUUCUUUCUCUAGAUCAUCUUUCUAAAAUAUUAACUGAUGAUGAAUAUCAAGUACUAUACUUUUGAGAAAUAAAGGUAAUAACCCAACAAAAGAUGGCGGCAUCCUUGCAUGUCAACUAUUCUGUUGGAAUGUCAUGUUUUAUGUAAUAUCAAACUCGUUGCUUUUGGCUUCCAUGCUUGUAAGUAUAUGUAUGAAUACGCUU